AUGCAUCCAGCACUUUGUUUCACAGAACUUGCAGGCCUCUUCCUUUCUCUUACUGGUUAUCUCUGCUGCCUGGUGGCUUUGUUCAUUCCUCGCUGGCUGAUUUGCUCUUCAGGUAUACUCGUGAAUGAAAGCUUUUUUCUAGGUUUGUGGCAAACCUGUGUGAUGCAUGAUAUAGGCUCAAGUGUCUGUCAAAAUUAUGGAACCCUCCUUGGCCUUCCUGUUGAAAUCCAAAUGGGUCGCAUCCUAGUGUGUCUUUCAUUGUCUGCCGGUGCCCUGGGAUUUUUGUCUUCCAUACCCGCAUUGACCUGUGUGAAGUGUCUGGACCACAACCAACAACAUGUAAGAAGAACCCUAGUCAUUUUUGGAGCAGUUCUCUUGGAGCUUUCUGGAAUGUUAACUUUCUCCUUUGUGUCAUACCUUGCACAUUACUCCCUGGAAAAAUAUUUGGACUCAACUAUACCCAAAAGUCUACCCCGUUGGGAAUAUGGAGAUGCUAUGUUUUCUGGAUGGAUUGGUGGAUUUCUUUUAUUAGCUGGGGGAACAGUUCUUAUGAUUUCACAACUCUACAUUUUACAAACAGUGCCUCAACCAAUUAAAACAAAUCGAAGUUCUUCUAACAUGGAAUACGUCUGAAACCAUAUGGCAAGACAAUAUUUUAAGUCUUUCAAAUUAGGAACUUUCAAA